AGGCCAUUUUGAUUGUUGUGGUGAAUGCCCGACAUUAAAAUCUGUAAGACAAGAGAUAGGAAAAAAAGAUUAUUCCAGUCAAAAGUACAUUGGAGUUGUCUUUUUUAAUUAAACUGUGUAUACUUGAUUUAAUGGUUUGGUGUGAAAUGUCGUAAGCAUUGGUUGAUUGCUACUGUUGAAAUUUUUUAGAUUAAUACCCGGCGUAGAACAUUAAGCUAGCGUUAGCUAGCACAAAAAAACACAAGAAAUAAGUUAUUAAAAACUAAGAACUUAAUAGGUAAUAGAAAAUGGGUUGUACGAUAAGUCAGGUUGAUAAAGAGGCUGUCGAGAGGAGUAGAAUGAUUGAUAAAAACUUAAAAGCUGAUGGGGAACGAUCUGCUAGAGAAGUAAAGUUAUUGUUGUUAGGAGCUGGAGAAUCUGGGAAGAGUACAAUUGUAAAACAAAUGAAAAUUAUUCAUGAGAGUGGUUACUCUGAAGAUGAAUGUGUGCAGUAUAAACCGGUUGUUUAUAGCAACACAAUCCAGUCUAUGUUAGCAAUAAUUCGGGCAUUGGGUACAUUGAAUAUUGAAUUUGGAAAUCCCGAAAGGCAGGACGAUGCAAGACAACUGUUCUCUCUUGCGGGGAGUGUUGAAGAUGGUAGCUUUACGCCUGAAUUGAUUUCAAUAAUGAAGCGGCUGUGGCAGGAUGAAGGAGUCCAUCAAUGUUUUCAGCGUGCACGAGAAUUCCAACUAAAUGACUCCGCAGGAUAUUACCUAGCUGCGUUGGACAGGAUUGGUGCACCAGCGUAUGUUCCCACACAGCAGGAUGUUUUAAGGACGAGAGUGAAAACUACUGGCAUUGUAGAAACUCAUUUUGUCUUCAAAGAUUUACAUUUCAAAAUGUUUGAUGUCGGCGGUCAACGUUCUGAACGAAAGAAGUGGAUCCAUUGUUUUGAAGGUGUCACUGCUAUCAUCUUCUGCGUUGCUUUAAGUGCGUAUGAUUUAGUUCUCGCAGAAGACGAGGAAACGAAUCGUAUGCACGAAAGUAUGAAACUGUUCGAUUCUAUCUGUAAUAACAAAUGGUUUAUGGAUACAUCUAUUAUACUGUUUUUAAACAAAAAAGAUUUGUUUGCAGACAAAAUUAAAAAAUCACCUCUAACGACAUGUUUUCCUGAGUACAUGGGCGCGAACACGUAUGAUGAAGCCGGUACUUACAUCCAGUUACAAUUCGAAAAUCUGAACAGUCGAAAAGGAGAGAAAGAAAUUUAUACUCAUUUUACAUGUGCCACCGACACCAAUAACAUUCAGUUCGUAUUCGAUGCAGUCACUGACGUCAUCAUCAAAAACAACCUCAAAGACUGCGGUUUAUUUUAAAAAAAAAAUCAAAUUGGAAAUAUAUUAUAGAAAUGAUGGAGUUAUUUCUUUUAAUGUGACUUUUAAAAAAUUUGCAUCGUAACCCUGGUUUGGAAGCGAGAAGAAAUCAUAAUUCUAAUUUAAACAAUGAACAGACAAACCUAAUGUUUUUGACUUGUGAUACGUGGAUGAUUCCAAGUUGAACACACUUAGAUUCGAACAUGCUCACAUUCGAACAUGUUUAAAUUCGAGAUUACAGAUCGUGGAUUGAAUGAGUGGAGAUAAUUUCUUUUAACAAAUACGAGGAGAGAGAACAGAGGACUUUCCAAAGCAGUUCUUUUUUUUAGUUUCAAAUAUAUUAGGAGCAAUACAUAUUUAUGAUAACUACGUUUUAAAUGUCAGAUAUUCAGACUUUUUGACUGUCCUUGCGAACGAUUUCUUUUUCUAGUUGUGAACGAUGUCUUGUGUUCUUCCUAUGUCUUAUGAGUUAAUAAGAAGUCUGUGUGGCAAUCUAAUAAAACAAAUUUAAAAAGGAAUUCUUUAGUUAAAAACGCGCGUGUGGAAAGAUUUAUGUCAAUAUUGUACAGCAAGUAAAUUUAUCUAGAUAAUUUGAAGAUACAGUUUCGCUCUAAUAAAA